ACCCCACAAGGGGAGUAACUCAUCUCCGUGAUCUCGACUCGAGCGCCCGCCCCAGUGGGAGACGAAAAAUGGCCGCUGCAACUCAACCGACGACCCUUGUUCCGGCCAAGUCGCCGGAACUCUCGAGACAUGUCACCGGACCAGCUUUUGUCUGUGCCGUCCCGCGCCGCGAUGCCCACAUUGGACUCCACGUGCCACAACGAGCGGCCGUGCGGGAAGGGAAGAGAACGUCGACGGUGGUCUGCGCCUUCGGAGACGUGUCGGCGGAUAGCACCAACUAUUUGAUUGCCGGAGCCGUGGCAGUGGCGCUAAUUGGAACGGCCUUUCCCAUUUUCUUUGCCCGCAAGGAUUUGUGCCCAGAGUGUGAUGGAGCAGGCUUUGUAAGAAAAUCUGGCGCAACCCUCCGGGCGAAUGCAGCAAGGAAGGAUCAGUCGCAGAUCGUUUGCCCCCGUUGCAAUGGCCUCGGCAAGCUUGGGCAGAUAGACAAGUAGUUGGGAGGCUCUUCUUGUCGUAUUCCACCUUCUUCUUCUUCUUCUUCUUCUUCUUCUUCUGUGUGUGUGAUCACCAAACAUGCUGUAAGCUUACUCUUGCCGUUUAUCCUUCAUCAAUCUGAGAAAGGUCCUUCUUAA